AUGGGUUUUUGGGACAGUUCUUUCGGCGAAGCUCUUAAAUUUGGGAUUAAAUGGGGUGUUUCAACAGUCGCAGCAGGAACACUCGUAGCAGCAACAGGCGGUCUAGGAGCAAUUGCUAUUGGAGGUGCUGUCGCAGGCGAAGGCUACUUAAUCAAAAAAGCCGCCCAAGAAUGUGAUAACGAAUUUUUUGAGUUCGUUGGAGAUACUAUCCUAAGCACUGGUAUCGGCACAGCAACAGGCGGUCUUGUAGGAACCGAAAGUAGCAGUUUAGCCUCCAAAGGCAGCGAAAAGGCUUUAAGAACUGGAAUUGCCACCGCCGGCACCAACGGCUCUAAAAUUUUAAUUAAUUCAUGGGUUUAUACAAAAAUGGCACAAUAUGGCUAUGACAUAGCAGGAAAAAGCAAGAGUGGCUUCGAAGCGUUUCUCAGUUUCCUUCAUGGCAAACAUAAAGAAGAAGGAACCAGUUAUGAAUCUCAAUGCCCUAUUUGUAAUGGAAAGUUCUCUAAAUACCCACCAUACUAA